UCAAAAUUUUGUAUCAGACAUUUUUCACCAUCAUUAAUUUUAUAAAUAAAGUUAUUGGAAUAUGGAGUUCUAAAAGAUGACUAAAUUUUGGAACAUAUUUGAUUUUUUUAUUAAAAAAAUUAUUUCAUCAUGAUGACUUCCUUUAAUUCAAUACCAUAUGUAAGAGUUGCUCCUGAAGAAGAUGAUGAGUUCUCUGAACUACCACCAACUGUUGUAACUACCAAAGGAGUUGACAAAAAUGGAUGCUGGACGCAUAUUGAAAAUCUAGAUGAGUUUUUUACCGAAGUUUACACAUACCAUCAGUUGCAAGGAUUUGUUUGUCUUUUACUUCGCGAUGUAUUUGAACUUACACAAUACAUAUUCAUUGUACUAUUUGGUACUUUUCUACUAGUUUGUGUUGAUUAUAAGAAACUUUUCAGUGAUCCAAAUCCUGUUUUUGUUGAAGUCAUUCAUUGGAAUAACUUCAAGCAGAUGCCAUCUUCAGUUAUCUUGUGUUUGGUUGUAGCCUUACUGUUUUGGUUGGUGCGACUUUGUCGCGUCAUUUUUCGUGUUUACAGGCGUUGGCAUAUUCGUAAAUUUUUCUAUCAAGUUCUUCAUAUUACUGAUGCAGAUCUAAGAAAUAUGCAAUGGAAUGAGGUACAGCACAAAUUAAUUUUAAUGCAGCAAGUUCAUCAGCUUUGUAUUCAUGUUAAAGAACUCACAGAGCUAGAUAUCCACAACCGCAUAUUGCGCCAGAAGAAUUACAUGAUAUCAUUUCAAAAUAAAGGAAUUAUUCCAUGUAUUUAUCACUUUCCAUUUAUUGGUAAAAGGACUUUCCUAACUGAAGGGUUAAAGUUCAAUUUAAACUUGAUCCUUUUCAAUGGACCUGGGGCACCGUUUAAAAAUAGUUGGAAACUUAAAGAAGAAUAUAAGGACUACUCAUGCAGGAUGGUAUUGGCAGCUUCGUUAUCUCAUCGAAUCUUUAUGUUGGGGGUUUUAAACUUUUUGCUCUGUCCAUUUAUAAUGAUCUAUCAAGUUCUCUAUUCUUUUUUUAUGUAUGCUGAGCUUAUUAAAAGAUCUCCAGAUGUAUUUGGUGCACGAAGAUGGUCACCUUUUGGGCGCCUGUAUUUACGCCAUUUUAAUGAGCUUGACCAUGAGUUUCAAAGUCGUUUAAACAAAGCCUAUAUGCCAGCAACUCGUUAUAUGAAUGUUUUUACAUCUCCAAUCAUAACAAUUUUUGCCAAAAACAUAGCAUUCUUCAGUGGUGCCAUUCUUGCAGUUUUGCUUGGUUUGUCUUUUUAUGAUAAAGACGUUCUAACUGCUGAACACGUUUUAUCAUUUAUGGCGACACUUGGUAUCAUUAUCAAGAUAUGCUCUGGAUUUAUUCCUGAUGAGCAUAUGGUGUUUUGUCCAGAAACAUUGAUGAAACAGAUCUUGUCUAAUACACAUUAUAUACCUGAGGAAUGGAAAGGAAGAGCACAUACAAUGGAGGUUCGAGAGGAGUUUUCCAAAAUGUUUCAAUAUAAGUUUAUUUAUUUAUUAGAAGAAUUAAUGAGUCCGCUGUUGACACCUUUUAUCUUAUGUUUUGGUUUGCGCUACAAAGCACUACAAAUUGUUGAUUUUUAUCGUAAUUUCACAGUCGAGGUAGCUGGCCUCGGCGAUGUGUGCUCGUUUGCCCAAAUGGAUAUUCGAAAGCAUGGCGCAAAAAAUUGGAGUGAUGAAGGCUGCUCCAAAGAAGAUCAAAUGUUAUCCGCAGAAAGUCAAGCUGAAAAUGCAAAGACUGAGCUUUCACUUUUAAACUUUUCAAUAAAAAAUCCUGACUGGAAACCAUCAUCUCAUGGAAAACAAUUUAUCGAUACUAUAAAGGAGCAGGCUUUUCAAGAAUCAUUGUCUCACUCACUCAGCUCUAAUCAGACGCCUUUUAAUGCGGGUACAAGUUUUGACUUUACAAACUUUAUUGGUCUUCAAUCUAUCGCCUAUCCUGCUCUUGAUCCAGCUAUAAUGGUCUCACGCAACGAUGAUGUUUUGCGAAAUAGUAUUAUGUAUUUGCAUGAGGUACAAAAUCGUCGCCCAAUUUCGGUAACUAGUUUAAAGUCAAGUUACGGAGAUAAUGCUUUUGAAAAUAGUGAUUUACGAAGAACGUGGCCUUCUGCCACAUCGGGGCAGACUUCAUUUGAUGUAAACAAAGAAAAUUUGCUUCCAAGAUAUAGCGCAAUGAAGAAUCCAGCAGACGAUAGGCUUUAAGAAAACUCUUUUAAUAUAAAAGUUGGUAUUGAUAAAGUUUUUUUAAUUGCCUUAUGUAAUUAUUUGAAUGAGUUUACUUCUUUUUUUAUUUGUGUUUGCUUAGUUUGUAUAAACUUUUUU